GGUGACAGGCGUUGGUAAGAGGCAAAGAGAUACUCAGUACGAUACUUACGUAUCCGAAUAUCAUUUAACAGCAGGUGUUUGCUGUUAAAGAGAAAUUACGGCUGAAUAUGCCAUAUAACGAAGAAUACAUUAAAGAUAAAGUGACCACGGAAUUGAAAGCUUCACACGUGGAACUCCUGUCGAAAUAUUUGCUGAUUAGUUUCGAUCCGAGGAUAGCUAUUUGGAACGCUAAACAAGACUACUUGUAUAAGGGAGAAUGCAGGGAAAAUUGCAGCUCGCUUUGAUCACCUCCUUUGCCAUUCUCUUGAGAUGCUGCGUGACUUACCAUUCUCACAGCGGCGAGGGCAAACCUCCUAUGUAUGGAGAUUACGAGGCCCAGCGACACUGGCAGGAGAUCACCCUGAACUUGCCUUCUGACGAAUGGUACAUCAAUACCACAGAUAAUAAUCUGCAGUAUUGGGGCUUAGAUUAUCCACCUCUAACGGCAUACCACAGCCUUCUAUUAGGUCACAUUGCCAACAGGAUAGAUCCUUCCUUUGUAAAACUAUGGGAAUCCCGGGGACUCGAGAGUGCAGCACAUAAACAUUUCAUGAGACUGACAGUCUUGAUUGCAGACAUUCUGAUUUACUUACCAGCGAUUAUAUACUUUAUUAUCAAUUCACGUUCAUGGGGUAGUUAUCAGUUCGAAAAAUCCAAUAUAUUUAACUUUACAAAGAGAGAUGUUACUGUUUUGAUAGCAUUGAUCUAUCCUGGAUUGAUAUUAGUAGAUCAUGGACAUUUUCAGUAUAAUUGUGUAUCACUCGGUUUCUUCGUUGCCGCUGUAUCUGCUAUAGUGCAAGAUUCGUUCGUCCUUAGUUCAGCUUUAUUUGUCCUAGCAUUGAAUUACAAACAGAUGGAACUAUACCAUGCCUUGCCAUUUUUCUUCUACAUACUGGGACGUCACAGACCCAGCAAGACUAAUUCCUGGUCUCAUUGUAUUCGCACACUAACAUGUGUCUCUUUGACGGUAUUACUAAUGUUUUAUGUAAUCUGGAUGCCAUUUCUCAAGAGCAGAGAUCUACUUUACAACACGGUAUUUCGAUUAUUCCCAUUUUCCAGAGGUAUAUUCGAGGACAAAGUCGCCAAUAUCUGGUGUGCGAUCAACGUCAUCUGUAAAUUACGGCAGAUUUUUACAAACGUGCAAUUGACUAGGAUCUGUCUGAUGAUGACAACAUGCGCGAUUCUUCCGAGUUGUGUCAGUUUAUUCUUAUCACCUACGAAAAAUACAUUUAUACUGUCGCUAAUAAACUCUGCCCUGGCGUUCUUUCUUUUUUCGUUUCAGGUUCACGAGAAGUCCAUUCUCUUGAUCGCAGUUCCGGUCUUAUUGCACUUUCACGAUGAUCCCCUUCCUUGCUUCUGGUUCUUGAUCAUCUCACAUUUUAGUAUGCUGCCAUUAUUCAUAAAAGACGAGCUGAAUCUCGCUUACUUUGGCACUAUGAUUCUUUAUUUUUGUGCUGUUUUUUGGAUGUAUCCCGAUCUAUUUUAUAAUGAUAGAACAAGUGGUUCAUUAAACAAAUCAAAAUCGAGAGGCAGAGUAAAACAACAUAAGAAAAGCAAUGGAUCUCUUCUCUUGGAUUUGUUAAAUUACAAUAAGAAGUCUUGGCUCCUCGUUAUGUUCUAUGUAUCCAUUUCAAGUGCAUUGCUUCUCUCCAUUGUUAGUCAAUUUGUGAAACCUCCUGAAAGAUAUCCCGAUCUGUUUCCACUUUUAAUAUCGGUAUACUCAUGCGGGCAUUUCGUAAUUUUUUUUAUAUAUUUUAAUUAUGUUCAAUUAGUAUUCAGAGAAGAGAGCAUUGCAAGUAAAGUCAAGUCACAUUAAACUAGUCUAGCUAGUUGAAAGAAUGUGUAAUUUGUUAUAAUUUGUUGUAAAUAAUAAAUAAAUUUGUUAAAUAAAUUUCUUAAAAAAUUUAAAGUCAAA